AUGGAGCUAGACACAUCAAAUCAUAGAGUUCCUCAGUUCUACUGCUGCUACUUACUUAGGUCAAGUCUUAAGAGACAAUCUUUUUAUAUAGGUUCUACGCCUGAUCCAGUACGAAGACUUCGACAACAUAACGGAGUUCUUACCAAUGGAUCUGCUUAUAGGACCAAGAGAAAUGGCCUUAGGCCUUGGGAAAUGAUAGCUUGCGUGUAUGGUUUUACAAGCAAUAUCGCAGCGUUGCGAUUCGAACAUGCCUGGCAACACAGUUAUCAUACGCAUUUCAUAGAUGACAACGAGCGGAUUGUGAAAAACAAGACCGGUGGGAGAAGUCUGCAUCACAAGCUGGGAAACAUUCGACUGCUUUUAAAGGCCCCAUUUUUCCAACAUAUGGACCUGGUUGUCCAUUUUUUUGAUAAAGACGCUGUGAACGCUUGGGAACAGAAUAGAUUCAAAAUCGACAGCUCUCCGGUGACAGAAAGGUCCGAAUUCAACAGUCCCGAGGGGAUCGGUGAAGACACGACAGGUUCUGACGAUCUGUCGCUGUUGAAUUUGGACAAAGUGGGCAAGCUCUUCCAGGAUGUUGGACAAGUAUAUGUCAGGAAUAUCGACAUACAGCAGAAAACUUUGGCAACUGGGACUUUGAAUUGCGGUGUGUGCCAUGGUUCUUUUAGUUAUACGGACGACCAGACCGCUGAAGAAAAUAGUAAGCCUUUGGUGGCAUUCUGUCCUCAAGAACAGUGCUCUUUUGUAUCUCAUCUCAAAUGUCUGCAUAGGGUCUUCUUAGAUGAUGAAUUCCUGGACGGCAAACGCAAGGGUCUCAUCCCCAAAUCAGGCAACUGUCCACUUUGCGAAAACGUCAUGUCUUGGCCUACAAUUGUGAAGUAUGCCACUGGUAUAAGAGAUUGUGGUGCGCCGGUAGAGAGAUAA